AUGGCUGCCAUCAACAGCCUCCCCAGAGAAAUCUUUCUCGAGAUCCUCGUUCAGUUUAAGCGUGCCUCUUGCAAUAGAUCCCUUUUGAAUUGCCUCCUGGUCUGUCGAUCGUGGCGGGAUGCCGCCCUUCCCCUCCUCUAUGGCAAUAUGGUCCUGUCUGGUUUGAAUCUUCUUACAUUCUGUGAGGGGUUCAAUCCAGCUUACGGCUCGCAUGUGCGGUCUGUGACCCUGAAAAUUGGACAUGACCAUGGUAGCUCCAAAGGUGAAUUGGACGACGGUCUCCAACGCUUCUCUGGCCUCCUGAGCAAACUUGAGCGUCUGUCCACGCUCUCGUUUCAUGUGUCCUCUGGGUUUCUUUAUGAUAUUUCACACGGUAUACUACUGUCCCUUGUGCAGGCUUUGCCCGAAAGUUGUGUCAACCUCGAAAUCGAUACCCAUCAUUAUGACGCCCCGUCUGCGGCUGCGGCCGACGGCCAUCUGUGUGAACAGAUUCGCCAUAUUCUGCCACGGAUGAGACAUGUCCGGCUUUCGCUCCGGUACAUUUGCUCAGCAUUGAUUGGGACCGGGCCCCUCCUCCCCUGCCCCGCCAAUGACGCCAAAAUCUUCUCCCCAAUCGCGCUACCCAACAUCCAAAAUUUGGUAGUGAGCUGCGCUUCGGCUGCAAGAUGUCGUCUCCCGAAAAGGUGCCAGCAUCUCGGUCAACAUGAAGCAGACCAGUCAACCGGCUGGGACUCUGUGACGCAAGCUUUGAAGCUCUUGGUGGAGAACAAGCGUUACUCCGGCUCUGCAAAGUUCUUCGUUUUCAGUUCUAUCCCUGGUGAUGACGAUGACAGAAGCCAAUAUGAUACGCUUGUUUGUACUGAAAUGGUGUCUCAAACUACUUUGGCCUUCCCAAUCCGCUUCGUUGCGAUGACUGACUCGAAUGAUGGAUGGCUACUCCGUACUCAAACUGGACAGGAUAUCUUGUCCUUUUCCUGGGCUCUUCGCGAUUUUGCAGAAGGAGAGGCGUGGAGAGAUACGAUUGGGGGUGGUCGGUUCCCUGCUGAAGUUUUGAGAAGAGGGCAAUUUUUCUCGACCAUAUGCGUCGAGAAAAAGUUACCGAUUCUAUCCCAGGAGAUGUUCAAAGAUCUCUACCCAAGGAAGAGUUGUGAUCUGUGGACCAACGAACAGACUGCUGGAAAAGCGCUUCUAAUUCCAGAAACGAGGAAAGGAGAGACAUAUUUGUCACGGACGCCACUUGGUGAGGCAACGCCGCCAGGUUUUGUCCGAGCGAUGGCAGACGAAAACCAGCGGCUCUACAAGGAGGGAGACCCUGACAUACCGGAUUGGUAG